AUGGAGAAAACGAACCGUUCGAAGCAGAUUUCUAUCGUGCCGAAAAAUGCCUACGGUUUGCGGACGGACAUCAUGGGCAACGUGCACUUUACGCUGAAACAGGAAAUCAUCUACCCGGUGGCGGGCGUCCUAAGCAUUCACGAUUUUGUUUCGAACAAGCAAAAAUUUUUAAGGUUUCCGCAAAAUAGCCACCCGGAACGGAUAGUCAUCAGCCCGAACCGGAAGUUCCUGGCCGUCGUCGAGCGUACGAACGACAACAAAUCGAUGGUCAAUGUGUACGAAAUUGAGACACUGCGAAAACGGAAGACCCUCCAGCUGCCACCGGACUGUCCCAAUACGCAAAUUGGCAACAUCUGCUUCACGCAUGAUUCACGCGGUGUUGCCGUCCUUUCCGUAGAACCGGACGCGUUCUUGUCGAUCUUUUCAUUCGAUAAAAACGAUUCACUCAUCAUCGGGCGUGCGUCAAACUCGAGUCAACAGGGCCAAGCGAUCUAUUUGUCCUGCAACCCGAACGAUGCCACGAUCGUCGCCGUCGGUGGGUUCUAUAUGCUCAAGAUUAUGAACCGCACGGAUAAGGGCUUUGGACAGAUCGGAACAAUCAAAGGGGAUGAUUUGCUCAUUACCUCGAUGACUUGGCUGUCGUCGGAGGUCCUGGCAGCGGGUACGGCCGAGACUGAGAUCAUUUUCGUGGAAUCGGGCGAACUGAAGAUCAAACAGCGCGCGGACGAGAUCGAGACGGUCGAUCUGUCGGGCGAGGGUGAUCUGGAGCUAGUGACGACGCCGGCGGAAGUCGCUGGCCUUAAGCACGAUCACCACGAAGUGCUGUGUCUGACGCAGUUCGAGAAGGGUUUCCUGUACACCAUCCACAACGUGGUACACGUGUUCGAGCGUGAGACGAACUACAACUUUCGCAAGAAGUCGAUCAUCCGCAUACCGAUCACGCUGUACGAAGAGAACCUGUACAAGAUCGUAAACGUGGCCGUUAACCAGGAGCAGGACACGAUCGUGGUGGCUACCCUGCACUCGCAGCUCUACAUCGGUAUGCUGAUCGUGCCGGAAACGCUCAAGAUCAGCGAACUGGUGUUUCAGCAUCUGGGCGAACCGCUGCACAUUAACGGCAUCAUCGGGAUGGCCGUCUGCUCCUGGAAACCGAUUGUCAUGACCGCAUCCCGCGAUUUAACGAUCCGCGUGUGGAACUACGAAACGAUGAAGGUGGAGCUGGUGAAAAAGUAUCAAAUCGAGAUCGGUGUGAUCGCCCUCCAUCCGUCGGGAUUUUUUGCGGCCGUUGGCUUCAUCGAUCUGCUGCGCUUGCUGCAGAUACAGCUGGACGAUCUGAAGGAGACGAAAAGCUUCAACCUGGCCAGCUGUACGCAGUUACAGUUCUCGAACCUAGGCCACCUGUUGGCCGCAGCACACGGGAAAACGAUCACGCUCGUGUGCAUCUUCACGUUCGAGGUGGUGCAAACGCUAAAGGGACACAAUGGCAGCAUACUUAGUCUGUCGUGGUCAACGGACGAUGCAUUCCUGACGUCCGGCGGAAACGACGGCGCGAUCUACAAGUGGAACAUUGUGACCGGCGAGCGAUUGGAGGAGGUUGUCCAGAAAGGGAUCCAGUACCGCUCGUUGGCCCUCACCAGUGAUGCGCACUCGGUGUACUCGAUUACCAACACGGGCCUUAUACGGGAGGUUGCCAAAUCCGACAUUGCCCGUGAGUUUAAAAUUCCCGACCUUACACCCCUCACCGAUAUGGCCUUGGCUCGCUCGGAUGCCAUUCUGUUCGUGGGCAGCAUCAAAGGCCACCUGUACAACGUGCAGGUUCCGCUCGUCGACACCAGCAGCGGCAACUGCACCAAUUUCCGGUUCUUCAACACGAAGGUGACGAAAAUCUGCAUCACCUACGACGACUGUACGCUCAUUACGGCGGCCGACGACGGGACGCUGAUCGUGUGGCACAUUUUGAACAACGAGGGCAAAACGGCCCGCCAUGCGCCAGAGUUGGGCCGCUGCACGGACGUUUUGAUCGCCCGCCAGGAGCUGAUCGAGAAGAACGAAGCGAUCAGCACGCUCGAGAUGCGCAUCCAGCAGCAGAGCGCGGAGUUCCAGUACAAGAUGAAGCAGGGCGAUGCGUUCCACUCGGAGCAGAUGCGAGACAUCCACAAGGACUACUGUGCCGCGAUCGAAAACUUGAAGAGAAAGAACAUAGAAAUGGAGCAGGCACACACGGAGGAGUUUCAUCUGAUCACGGCCAGCAUCUCGCAGGCGAAGGAAGAGCACCAGAAGGAGAUGAUGGACUUUGAGGCUCAGUUCCACGAGAAGAUCAUCCUCGAGUACGACAAGCUGACGGCGUUGAAGAGCAAGAUGGACGCGAUGCGCGAGGACUACGAAGUGAAGCUGCGCCGCUCGGCCGGCUGUCUGCAGGACACGAUCGAAUCGAUGGAAGCCGAGCAGAAGCGAUUGCUGAACGAGAAGCAGGAGAUCAUCGAGAAUCUCCUGAAGGACAUGGACCGCAAGAGGGCCGAAUUCGACGAGUACUGCCGGCAGGUGGACGUGGACAACGAUCGGCACAAGGUGGAGCUGCAGCUGCAGUACGAAAAGAAGCUCCAGGAGGAGGAAGAGAACUCGAUCAAGUGGCGCGGUGAGGCGGGUGUGUUGAAGAAAAAGUUCUCCACCCUGAGCCGCGAAUCGGAAACGUACCGGAAGGAGAUCGAAACGAUGCAAGCCCAGCACGGCAAGUUUCAGGCCAGCAUCCGGCAGCACCAGCGCGAGAUCGAAGGGCUGCUCCGGGAGGUGGCCGAUCGCGAUGCGACGAUACGCGACAAGGACCGGAAGGUGUACGAGUUGGGCAAGAAAAAUGGAGAGCUGGAAAAGUACAAGCAGGUGCUGUCGCUGAAAAUCAACGAGCUAAAGGCACAGAUCGAACCAAAGGACCGCGAAAUCAAGGAGAAGAAGGAAUUCAUCCUCGAGAUGGAGAAGAAGCUCGAAGAGCUACAGCAAACCAACAAGCAGUACGAGCUGCAGCUACAGGAACUGCGCGAUAAGUACUACGGAAUCGAUCUCGAGCUGCGCAAGGAGCGGGACCGGCUCCGCAAUGCCAAGGCCCAGUACCAGCGCGUGUGCGGUGACAUCUACAACGUGUCCGGCCUGAUCCAGCGCCCGGAAGAGCUGAAGCGCAGCGUCAAGGAGCUGUGCCACCGCUACUCGGAGGACAAAGAGCUUCAGAAAUCGCUGGCCCUCGAUGAGGACGUACAGAACGAGUUCCUGCGGCAGCGCGAGUACCUGGAGCGUUUGACGAAGAGCUCGAAGCAGAAAGGUGGCCAACGGAAGGAUGCGGGCGAAUCGUUGAAGUUGAUGAAGGAAAACAUGGAGCUACUGGGCGAGCUGAAUAAACUGCGCGAGCUGCUGAACGAGAAGCAACGGGCUUGCACGAGGAUGGAAGCGUUGCUGGGGCUUUCCAAUAAAGCCAUCUCUCCGCGUGAGGCCAAAGAGAAGCUGGAGAAAGCGGUUGCGGAUCGUGACGCCAUCGAAGCGCAGCACCUGGAAGCCCGUAGCAAGCUGGAGGAAGUGAUCCGCACACUGUCGGCCGAAAAUCAAACGCUGCGGGCGGAAAUGAUCGCCCAGAGUCAGGCCCGCAAAGUGCCACCUGUCGGAUGUAAUCUCGCUGCCAGCAAGUGAACUCGGCGGUGAAAAUGUGCACCACCCAAAGCAGAAGUGACGAUAAAUAUGGUUUAUUCCUUGUUUCCCGGUGUAAAACACAAAUACAAAAUUCA